AUAUUGAAGGUAUCGUCUUCCGUACUACUUCCGGUUACAAUGACAGCGCGCGAGCUACGUAGCUACCAAAUUACAAGUUCUAGCUAACAGAGAGCUGAAUAUGAAAGUAUAUUUUAUUGAACAACAGAAUCCCGUUAAGCGUAACGCUAAUGGACUUACAAAGUAAUGUUUUUAUAGGGUAAUUUGAGCUAUUCGUUAAGCUUAUUUGGGCGGGUUUUAGACUAGUAGCUACUAGCUUGCUAACAAUGUCCUCGUCAUCGUGGGCAGCUCCAUCAGAACGCCAGGGGCAAGUGGGGGAUCUCAAAACCAAGAGCAAAGAAGAACUUGGUGAAUUACUGUCACGCCAAGAUAAAUUAUUAUCUAACAAGAGGUUCAUACAGACCCUUCCAGACAAAGGGAAGAAGAUCUCAGACUUUGCAGAGAGAAUAUGCCUUGCUCUUGCCCACAAUGAAGAAGAGGAGAGGAAGCAAGAUAUGCUGUCAUCUGUCAGGACAGAGCUGCAGUCUAAAUACCAGCAGGCUUUGACACAAAGACAACGUGGGAGCCAGAAUAAACCAGGAACUUCCCAACAUAGGAGACAAGCUGGGGACACAGCUCCUGGAAAUGUCCAAGAAUUGGACGUCUCACCUCUGUCACCUAAUGUUCAGGAGCGCAAAAUAGUUGACACGCUGCAAGAAGACAGUGUGUCCAAGGUAUCUGCUGCUGAAACCAUGAAUAUGGCCCAGGCUGGUGAUGAUGCAGGGGUCUCUCUAGACUCUGACAGGACAAAAGAGAGCGACCUAGCGGAGGCCUUGCAGAGGGUCACUCUGUCGGACCACUCAACUGGCUCGAGUGGAUCCCUUAAAGACACAUUCAACAGACCUGCUACUGGCAACCCCUUCCUUGGAAGGCAGCCACAGAAGAAACCACACUACAUAGAAGUCCUGGAGAGGACUGAGAAGGCCCCGGUUACGAGGAGACAGAAGUACAAGCCUAAUCAGUUUGCCCACAACACAGAUGGCUCCCCGUCGGGGUCUCUGUCUCCCAGCCAAUCUCCUGGAGGCUUAUUACCAUCACCGGUGCUCUCCGUUGAGGCCAGGAGGGAGCGAGACAGAAAGCACAUUGAUGACAUCACUGCGGCCAGGCUCCCACUGCUCCACUACAGCCCUGCCCAGCUGCUGACACUGGAGCAGUCAGCUGACCUGCUACGCGAACAGACCAGGAAACACCAGGAGUUGCAGGCCAAGCUGGCAGCCCAAAAGUUGUCUGAGGGGCUGAGGUUCAGCACAGGGAGCUAUGUUGUGGAAGGGGGCUUGCUGGGCGCCUACAGGGAGGUUCAUGACGACGGAGCCCAGCUCUCCUCAGAGGAAGACUAAUCCAGGGGGCCGCAGCAAGGAAACUCUGGUGACCCCUGACCUCUGAGACAACAGUCUCUGUGCCCUGCAUUAGGACCUAUGGAAGGAAGGGGAUUGGCAAUUCAAAGACGAGAGGCCUGCCUGAGGAGAUGGAAAGGGUCAUGGGCAUCGGGUGGUUGUGAAGGCACAGUGGGUGUCCCUGUCUUGUCUAUCCAGGGAGGUGAAUUGUGUGGGUCUUGGUUCACCAUCAAUGAUUCACUGAGUUGUCACCCAGUCAGCAUCCUGUCCAGUUUAUCAGAGCUGCCACCCACAGAACCUUAGGCCUCCUGUUGGGUGAGGAUGUUUUAGCCUCUUGCAGGGAGCAUUAGGUAUGCUAUCUCACCAUGUUGUCAGAGAGUAAAAAUCAGUUGUGUGAUGAGGCUGCUACAGUAUUGUUGACUCACUUGGUGGUUGCAUUUCCAAAAGAGUGCAAAGUAAUGACCGUCUGUAUGUGAGAAAUAUAAAUAAAUAUUUUUUUCUAUGA